AUGGACUGGGCGGGACAGCAGCACACAGCGACGCCCUAUCCAGAGGCCCCUAGUGCUGCCCUACUUGCACCACCAAGAGACGCCCAUGUGAGGCCCCCAUCAAGAGACGUCCAUGUGAGGCCCUACUUGCACCACCAAGAGACGCCCAUCACCAUCAACAGACGCCCAUGUGAGGCCCCCACCAAGAGACGCCCAUGUGAGGCCCCCAUCAAGAGACGCCCAUGUGAUGCCUCCAUCAAGAGACGCCCAUGUGAGACCCUACUAGCAUCAUCAAGAGACGUCCAUGUGAGGCCCCCAUCAAGAGACGCCCAUGUGAUGCCCCCAUCAAGAAACGCCCAUAGACGCCCAUGUGAGGCCCCUAUCAAGAGACGCCCAUGUGAGGCCCCUAUCAAGAGACGCCCAUGUGAGGCCCCUAUCAAGAGACGCCCAUGUGAGGCCCUACUAGCACCAUCAAGAGACGCCCAUGUGAGACCCUACUAG